AUGGAGUCCCAAAGCAUGACCAUGAUGCAUUCAGCGGGACCGAUUCAACCCCCAUCCGGCGGUGGGGGUGGCCCCCAUCCCAACAGAAGAGGUAACCGCAAGGGGCACGGGCCACUUCACGGAAAUCUACCGACGGAGAGGUUAUCAUUGAGUGAAGAAGCUAAAUUGCUCUACUCCCAAGAAAUGGCCACCAUGCCUAGUAAGACUCCCGUCAGCGUCCUCCAGGAGUUGCUGAGCCGUCGAGGCAUCACUCCUAAAUACGAACUGGUCCAAAUCGAGGGCGCCAUCCACGAGCCAAUCUUCCGCUACCGCGUGUUCCUUAACAACGAUCUGGUGGCCACCGGCACCGGAAGAUCGAAGAAAGACGCCAAACACUCAGCCGCCAAGAACUUGCUGGAUCUCUUGAUCGGCAAAGUAACGCCCGAACAAGCCAACCAGACCAACGGAACGCCCGGAGCUGCUGAUAUCACCAAUCAGGUAGUGACAUCGUUCGAUGACAAAGUGAUGGGCAAUCCUAUCGGCUGGCUCCAAGAGAUGUGCAUGUCCCGCAGAUGGCCACCACCAUUCUAUGAAAUGGAACACGAAGAGGGAUUACCGCACGAAAGACAGUUUACCAUCGCAUGUCAAGUGUUGAAAUUCCGUGAAAUCGGCACCGGCAAGUCAAAGAAGCUAGCCAAGAGAAUGGCGGCCCACAAAAUGUGGCAAUCUUUGCAAGAUCUACCCGUGGAAGGUAACAAUCUACCUUCUACAUUUGCGAGCGACGAAGAGUUGGCAACUAAACUCGGCAGCUCGGCUGAGAAUCGGUAUUCGGGACUGAAAGACACUAAGAUUACCAAGUUGGGCAACCAGUCCCACAAAGUUUCCCAAUUCCAUAAAACGCUGAAAAAUUCCGAAGGCAAGAAGUUGGCUGACUUGCAGACUCUCAGCUUUAACUCCAAGGAGUUCAACUUCGUUCAGUUCUUGCAGGAGAUCGCCAGCGAACAAUCCUUCGAGGUAACCUACGUGGACAUCGAAGAGAAAACGUUGACGGGUCGCCACCAGUGCCUGGUGCAGCUAUCCACCUUGCCAGUGGCUGUCUGCUACGGCACCGGCAAAACUCCGAAAGAAGCCAAGGGAUCGGCAGCUCAUCAUGCCCUCGAGUACCUCAAAAUCAUGACCAAAAAAUGA